AUGAGGCUUAAGGCACUUAUUCUACGCAAUUGUGAACGUCUGGCUCAGCUUCCAUCUGGGGUUGGAUCUUUGGGACAACUUGAGUUGCUUGAUCUCCAAGGAACAGAAAUUGAGAAACUACCAGAUGAGAUUUCUGAGCUGGCUUUUCUGAGGCUGCCUCAUGAAUUGGUUUCACAUGGAAUAAUAUCAAGUCUCUGUGAAUUGGAAACUCUGAGUAUUGAUGUGUUCCCAGGAGAUAAAAGGUCGGAUAAGAAUGUGGAUUCUAUCUUGAAUGAGAUGGGUAACCUGACAAAGUUGAUUACUUUUUGUUGCUAUUUCCCAGAAGUGAAGUUUCUUGAACGCUUUCUUGAAAAAAGCCUAUCAUGGAAAAUUCAAGGUUUAACUGACUUCAAAUUUGUGAUUGGCCCUGAUGUUAAACGCUUCAUAUAUCAGGUUGGGGACAAUCUGGAGUUUGAAUAUGUUCAAUGGGGUCAGUGCUUGAGAUUUGUAAAUGGUGAGAAGAAGAAGAUACAAGAUGCAGUUCUAAAAGUAUUAACUCGUUCUACUGCAUUCUAUCUAGAUCAUCAUAUCAAAGUCUGCAGCCUAUCAGAGUUCGGAAUCAGUAAUCUCAAUGGAUUGAAAUUAUGCAUGGUGAGGGAUUGUCCCAACAUUGAAACAGUUAUUGCUAGCGAGGAACUAGUUAUAUUUUCUAUUCUGGAGCACCUAAGUAUUUAUUAUUUGUCAAAACUGGGGAGACUUUGGGAAGGAAUGAUACCAUGGGGAAGCUUUGAUAAGCUAAGAAUAUUGACAGUGCAUACAUGCCCCAAAUUGCAAUUUGUUUUUGCAAGCUCAAUGCUCCAGUUUUUCUCUAACUUAGAAGAGUUGAUAGUCAAACAUUGUCCAGGCAUUACAGAGAUCAUAUUUCAGGAUCAGGUGGUUGAUUCUGGUAGUGGUACACUCCCUAGAUUGAAAACAUUAAAACUUCACUAUCUACCAGACUUGGUUACAAUCAUGCGAGGUACAUGGCCGCCAUUGGAAAACAUUAGCUUCUACAAUUGCCCUAAGUUGAAGAAGCUUGUCAUUGACUCCAAUACAUGUCAUUCCAUAAAAGAGAUUAAAGCAGAGAAUCAUUGGUGGGAAAAAUUAGAGUGGCAAGAUACCUCAAUACGCUCACGUCUUCAUGCUCAUUUCAUCCCUAUUUCUGACUACAAUUUGUAA